AUGGAUUUGAAUGUUGAGUCUUCCAUUAGUACUACACAACUUAACACUAAUAUUGUUGUGGCCAAGGUAGAAUAUUACUACCUCCGUUUUUCAAUCAAGAACAUUGAUGAUAUUCCAGAUUACAAUAAGCCCCACCCUCGCACUCCUCUUCCCCUCCCGUUAAGCAAACCCACCGAACACCACGUAAUCAUUGCUGCUGCUGCUCGCGACGCCUCCCAGACCCCCUUCGGAUCUCCUUCCCCUACGCAGCUACAUCAAAGACAGAAGACGAGCAGCCCCGCUGCUUCGCUUCUGCCUUCUCGUCCGAGGUCACCGCCGCCUCGCUGCUUCGAUCUAGUCAAACUCUGGAUGCCACCACCGAUUGCAAGUCGAGCAACGAACCUUCGUGAUCCCUUUUGA